AAUUUCUUGGUGAAGAUUUUUUUCUUACGAUUUUUCUCACUUGUAAUUUAUUUACAAGUUGUAAACACAACUGUUUCUCCAUUUAUUUAACUCUGAUUACAAUUAAAUGUGAUAUUUUGAAUAUCUGAUCUCCAUAUAUAUCAAUUAACAUUUGUUUUGAACCAGUAAUCAUUUGUAGUUGGUGCCUUCGACUCAUCAUUUUUGUUUUUAGUUUUGGUUGUUGAUUAACUAGUCUCAAACUUACUACUGUUACGUUACAAAAUGGCACAAUUUCUUAAUAAAGUGGCCAUUGUCACAGGAGCCAGCUCUGGGAUUGGAAAAGGUGUUGCUAUGCAUUUGGCUUCCCUCGGUUGUUGUUUAUCCUUGAGUGGACGAAAUCGGGACAAUUUGAAUGAAACAAGAUUGAAAUGCUUGGAAUCAAGUAAUGGACUAGUCAAAGAAAAUCAAAUUAUUGUUGUUGAAGGUGAUCUUGUUGACGAGAUUAAUCGUGUAAAUUUGAUCAAUAAAACCAUUGAUCAUUUUGGUAGACUAGAUGUUUUGGUUAAUAGUGCUGGAAUCAUUGCUAAAGGAACCGUUGAGGUAACUCCACCAGAUGUUUGGGAUAAAGUUAUGGAUGUAAAUGUGAAAACUGUUUUCCAUCUCACACAAUUAGCUAUUCCUCACCUAAAGAAGACGAAAGGAAACAUUGUCAAUGUCUCAAGUGUUAACGGAUUGAGAGCUUUUGCUGGUGUUGCUGCAUAUUGUGUAAGCAAAGCAGCUUUAGACCAACUCACAAGGAAUACUGCAUUAGAGCUUGCUGCUGACGGAGUUAGAGUCAAUUCUGUAAACCCGGGUGUUAUCAUCACAGAGAUUCACAAGAGAGGUGGAAUGAGUGAUGAAGAAUAUGCUGCUUUCCUUGAAAAGUCCAAAACAACUCAUCCACUCGGAAGACCAGGAAAUGUAGACGAAGUUGCUCGGGCUGUAAGAUUCCUGGCUGAUAAUCAAGAUUCAUCUUUCAUAACUGGUGUUACUCUUUCUGUUGAUGGUGGUCGUAAUCUUGUCUGUCCUCGCUGAGGCUCAACUUCAACUCAAAUAUUGAUUCCCUUUUUGUCAAUCUGCAAUUAAACCAAUGGACAACUAAAACUUGAUUGAUAUUUAAACUUUGUUUAACGCAACAUUUAUAAAUGUAUUAAUAGAUUAUAUUGUUAUUAAAAAUAUUGGGAUAAGCACUCAA